AUGGGAUAAGAUUGUUGUAGCUAAAGAAGGCAUGAAUAAUCAUCUCUAGGAUUAGUAAAUGGGGUUUCUUAUAGAAAAAGCAUAUAAGAAGUUAAAAAAAGAAUAAGUCAUAUUUAUGAAGAGGAAAUAGUAGAAAAUGUCGAUGAUUGCUUGGAAAAUAAGGGCAAGGACAAUAGGGAAGAAUAAAUAGAUAAUUCGAAUAAAAAUCCUAUAUUUCAAGUUGUAAAUUAAGAAGAAAAUGUGCCAACUAAUGACUAACAAGUGAUAGAAUUAGAGAAAAGUGAAGAAAAGAAUUGUGCCAUCCCUGAGUAAGAGGAGAAUUAGAAGGAAAAAGAAUAGCAAGUUGUUGAGAUUAAGCGAGAAAAUAUAAAUGAGAAUAAUAAUACACCAAUAUCAUAAGUUGUUAUUCAAUAACCAGCUGUUCCAUCUAAAUCAAUUGAAAAUGAACUUAUCGAUUAAAUUCUGACGUAAAAUAAAUUAGAAUCUGAAUCAAUAUCGUUUUCAAGUAAUUUCGACACAGUGUCUUAAACAAAUGUGUCUAAAAUUGAAUAAUGUUUAAAAGCAAGAUAGGUUCCAGGAAAAUUAAGCUAAAUAUUUCUAAGAGCUCUCGAAAGAAAAAUAUUAGGUGUUUAAGAGACUAAGGAUCCUAAGGAAGAGCAAAUAGUUUAGGUAAUAGAUAGACCUGUUCCAAAAGUCAGACCUAGAAAAAUAUUACAACUUAGUGAAUUGUGA